AAGACGGCGUUAAUGGCGUUCAUGGAAAGAUGUGUCGUCUGUCUAUGCAGUCUUACUCUAUGUACGUCACAGAUAAUCUGACUGCGCCUGCUACCGCUAGACUGACUGGUUGGGAGAGUUGUCUAACCGGCUCACAGACGCAGUCGACACAGUAGAGGAUUGUCUGUCAUUACUAACAGUUAGACCGUGUGACUGUCAAGCUCCAUUUUCUUAAGGUUAGAACUGUGGCCGUUGAGGCUCAACGAGAUACAAUUUGAUGCAGGAAUCGUCCUCCAGCCAGGCGUGUGACUGCCUGCACCUGUUAUUUGUUUCACUGAGGGGCUAAGUUAGCUAACAUCAACGCUACACGGCUGACUGCUAACUCACGUUAGCUAUUUGUGACCGUUUCUUCUCCUGCUGCGCAUCAAAGCAAGGUUGUCAACAUGCUGCAGUAAGUGAUGUACCGAGUGUUAAUAUUAAUAAUGGCCACAGGGGUGGUGCAUGGCUGUUCCACUUCAGAGAGCUGCCCAACGCUCGCGCCAAAUGACUCCAGGGCAUUCUGUUUCUCGGCCCGAAUUCGCAGUACGGUACUCCAGGGCUUGCCUUUUGGAGGGGUGCCGACUGUUCUCGCCCUUGAUUUUAUGUGCUUCUUGGGGUUGCUGUUUGUGUUCUCCUGCUUGAGAAAAGUAGCAUGGGAUUAUGGGCGCCUCGCUUUGGUGACUGACGCUGACAGACGAAUGGAUCAGAGGUACAGUCGCCUGGAUGAUCGGGAAUAUAUGGCCUCUGGGAUGACAUCAGAGACACCUGAACGCUAUGAACGUCUAACUUCAGUUUCCAGCUCUGUGGAUAUUGAUCAGAAAGACUUGGGUUUCUGCUCCUGGUUAACUGCCAUCUUCCGUAUUAAGGUUGAAGAGAUCAGGGAGAAGUGUGGGGAGGAUGCAGUGCAUUACUUGUCCUUUCAGCGCCACAUCAUUGGCCUGCUGGUAGUGGUGGGCGUGCUUUCUGUAGGCAUCAUCUUGCCCGUUAACUUCUCGGGAACCCUACUUGAUAACAAUGCCUAUAGUUUUGGGCGAACCACUAUAGCAAAUUUAAAAUCUGAUAAUCCGCUACUUUGGAUGCACACCAUUUUUGCAUUUCUCUACCUGUUACUGACGGUGUAUAGCAUGAGACGACACACCUCCAAGAUGCACUACAAGGAGGAUGACCUGGUAAAACGCACUUUAUUUGUCAAUGGAAUCUCCAAAUAUGCAGAGGAGGCGGAGAUAAAGCAACACUUUGAGCAAGCGUAUGACAACUGUACUGUAUUGGAAGCUCGAAUCUGUUACAACGUGGCCAGACUGAUGUAUCUUAACUCUGAAAGGAAAAAGGCAGAACGCAGCAAGAAAUUCUUCCUUGACGUGCAUGUUAAGGAGCAUAUUUCCACCAUGAUCAACCCAAAGCCAUGUGGACACCUUUGCUGUUGCAUCAUCAAAGGCUGUGAGCGGGAAGAGGCUGUGAGUUACUACACGAAGCUUGAGGCACAACUAAAAGAAGAAUAUAGGAAGGAGAGAGAGAAGGUCAACAGGAAACCCUUAGGAAUGGCAUUUGUCACCUUUCAGAAUGAGUCCAUAACUGCCAUAAUUUUGAAAGACUUCAAUGCUUGUAAGUGUCAGGGUUGUCAGUGCCGUCAGGAGCCCAAGGCUUCUCCAUUCACUGCCAAGCUGCACACACACAACUGGACUGUCAACUAUGCCCCUGAUCCACAAAACGUCUACUGGGAGCACCUGUCCGUGGGUGGAUUCCCCUGGUGGAUCCGCUGCUUUGUCAUCAACUCUGUCCUCUUCCUCCUCUUGUUCUUCCUCACUACCCCAGCCAUCAUUAUCUCCACCAUGGACAAGUUCAAUGUUACUAAACCAGUGGAGUACCUAAAUAAUCCAAUCGUCACCCAGUUCUUCCCCACCCUCCUUCUGUGGUCCUUCUCCGCCUUACUUCCUACUAUUGUCUACUACUCUGCCUUCUUUGAAGCACACUGGACCCGGUCAGGGGAGAACAGGACAACAAUGCAUAAAUGCUACACUUUCUUGAUCUUCAUGGUCUUGUUGCUGCCCUCCCUUGGACUCAGCAGUUUGGAUGUUUUCUUCCGUUGGCUUUUUGACCAAAGAUUCUUGGCAGACGGCAAAGUGAGAUUUGAAUGUGUAUACCUUCCUGACAAUGGAGCCUUCUUCGUGAACUAUGUCAUUGCGUCUGCAUUCAUUGGAAAUGCCAUGGACCUGCUGAGGAUCCCUGGUCUUCUCAUGUACAUGAUUCGCCUCUGCCUGGCUCGCUCUGCAGCAGAACGGAGAAAUGUCAAAAGGCACCAAGCCUAUGAGUUCCAGUUUGGGGCAGCGUAUGCCUGGAUGAUGUGUGUCUUCACUGUGGUUAUGACCUACAGCAUCACCUGCCCAAUCAUUGUCCCUUUUGGGCUGAUGUACAUGCUACUGAAACACCUAGCAGACAGGUACAACAUGUACUAUGCCUAUCUGCCAACCAAACUGGACAAGAAAAUACAUUCUGGGGCUGUCAACCAAGUGGUGGCUGCUCCCAUUCUGUGUCUGUUUUGGCUUCUGUUCUUCUUCACUGUUCGCACGGGGUUUUCAGCUGCAACGUCCAUGUUCACGCUCAUAGUUUUGAUCGUCACAAUCAUCAUCUGCCUCUCUCACGUCUGCUUUGGGCAUUUUAAGUAUCUCAGUGCUCACAACUACAAGAUUGACACUCAGGAUGUUGACGGAAUGGAGAAUGGACAUCCUGUGUGCACCUCAGCCGCUAACAAGGCAACACAAAUGUACAUCGCUCAGGUACUUCAAGAUCCCAAUUCAGACGAGAGCGGAUCAGGCAGUGGGGAGGACGACGGCCAGGUUUCCUCGCAGGACGAGGAAAUAAUCAAUGUUGAAAAUGGGCUGAGUGCGGACUUCCCGUCUGGCGAGGACAGCCUCCUUGAUAAUGAAGUGCGCCACUGAUACUACCUGGAACAGAAGAAAAUUAAUUUGAGGAGUGCGCUGAACUAAACUAGAAACUGUACCAACAGUUCUCCAAAGCAUCUCAUCCUCCAUCGGGAGACUUUACACUAACAUAAGCACACUGUCUGUCUACUAAGUAUUGAAUGGAUUUUUUUCUCAUGGACAUUUGCAUUUCUUGCACUGUCUCUCCUAACGAUGAAAUGUACUCCGACAGUGCGGAAACAUAGUUGUGCCCCGAUGUAGCUGAGAAAUGCCCUAAAACCCUGCACAUGGACCCACGAAUGAAAGACAUAAAUGCACAAAUGAAGAAUUUUUGCCUUGUCUUGGAAGGGGUUUGAUAUUCUGACUGUAUUCCUUAACAUCCUUGCACUUCAAAGAGAGGACCUGUCCGAAAACAACGCGUUUCGCUGAGGUACUGUAGUACAGCAUGCCUUCAAGUUCAAAGGGUGGAAGGUUUCCCCUUAGUCUUUUGUCACAAUCUCCAAAGCUUCCUGUGAAUAAGCAGCGUGUGAGAGAUGACCACACAAGCAGACGGCUUGAUCCGUGCGGAUUAGAUGCUUUCAAGAAAACAAAAACACAUCACUACACUCCGAGAUGCUUUAACACUGUACAGCUACAAAACUCUGGAUAUGUUCAACUCCCUUUUUGACGUGGUAUUUAUUUUUUGGCACACUCCUAAACUAUGGAAGAAGAUGAUUCAUGAUUUGCAACACUACAUUGAUUACAACAUUUUUCCCAUUUCCAUCCUUGAGCUUUUGUUGGACUGCUGCUACUGAUGCUGCCCCCCCAGUCAGGGAAUGAUCCUCGUGUGACUGCUGCAGGAGAACUGAAGGCCAAGAAGACUCUGCUCAUCCUUUUGUGUUGCUCCGAGGAUGGAGAGAAAGGCCUUUUUGUGCUUUUGUCUGCGUCAAAAUUCAGAUUAUAGUCAUUGAAACUAGUUCUCUCUAUUUGUUUUAUUGUUAAUUUUUGUUUCCAAAUGUUUACAUAUGUUUGUAGAGCUUUUCAAAUUAGCGUUCAAUUUAGUUCUCCACUGACAUUGUUACAAAUCAGGUAAUUAAUAUCCAUGAGGUCCUCUCUAGUGUUUUGUGUUGAUGCUUCUCCAUUUAGGAACCAUAUUCUAAGUUUUAGGCGUCACAAAGCAUCGUUACGGUUUCCCAAUUUGCCACUUCUCAAAGCAGAAUUUCAAAAUGUCUUGUGACUUAGUUGAGGCAAAAACAUACAUUCAAGAGAGUUCAGCAGUUAUACCACUGGAUGUCAGUCAUGCUAAUUUUCAAAAAUCCCUCCCAAAAAACAUUUUACUUCAGUCUUCUUUUAAAAUAAUGAUGGAAAUGUGUUACAGAAUGAACUACAGCUCCACACUCGAUCAUGUAACAUACAAUUGCCAUAUGAAGGAGGCUGUAUUGCGUUUGGAAAAACACAAACGAGACAAAAGAAUGUGUAUCAAAUAUAAAAACACAAGGCCACGAAUCUUCACGUUAAUUCAGUGUCAGUGCAGUGAUGACCUUGACUGAGGGAUUGAAGCUUCAUUUGUCUCUGCACACUGUGAGAAGAUUGUUGGGAAAAACAAGGCAGCAGACAACGUACCACUACAGUCUGUCAAUAUGGACCAGUCCUCCUUAUAAUUAUUAUUAUUGGACCAUAAAAUGAAAAAUGUAUUAUACAGCUACUCAGAGAACCUUGUGUGAAAUGUGCACUAAUCUUACUUUCGCUUAUAUGAUUGACUGAGGAGGGCCUGUUAUAUGUGGGUGCGAUGACAACAAUGUUGAACCUAAACUAUAUUUCCAUAAUUUGUCAGUGUCGCACCUUGGCGCCGCAUAGAAAUGUAGGUUAAUUCCAUAUGACCAUGGUAGUAACGGAAGAUUCGCUUGACCCCACUGAGUCUGCUGCUCCUCUAGUCAUGAUAAGGUGAUCUUAUUUUUAAUACCUCUUCAUCUUUGUACCUCUGCGAUGUAAAGUCUCUGAACGUGUCCUCUCAGAAUAACAUGUACUGUCUAGCUCUGAGGGAGAUGCUGAAAAAAAAAAAAAAUAAAUCUCAUCUCAUCUACUUGGUUUUUAAACACUGAAUGUGGCUUCAGCCAGAGUAUGAUCACUGUGUUUAUACGGCUUCUAAAGCAUGGUUCACUUGCUGACCAGAAGUUUUAAGUUUAAUACGAGUACAACAAAAUCUACUGAUGUCCAGUCCCAUGUUAAGGAAUCGCAUUUAUUUGUCAGCCCGAUAGUUGCAAUGAUUUCCAGUCACGUCUUUGCUUAUUCCUAGUCUGGGAUCACAAAGAAAUAUUGUUUUGUUUUUUGUGGUUUUUUCAUAAGCUCUGUAUAGACAGUGGGACUCACUGGAAAUAAAUGCAUGUUGGUUUUUUUUGUUAACAGUCUCUAAUAGACAUUCUCAGCUUGUUUCAAUAAUGUAUUCCGAAUGGGCAGUAAAAUGUCUGAAACCAGUUAGAAUGUGUUUUUGUGUGCUUUGCCUUUCUAUUAGUUUUACUUUAGACUGGAAGAGCGACAAUAACAAAUCUCAACACUUGACCAUCUCCUCAUUCUCUCUCAAGGGCUGUCAAGUACAACAGAUUUGCGUUCUUCAUAUAUUUCUUCCCCCUCAGCUCUUUGAACAAUAAAUAUGUGUUUAACCAA